AAGGGGGCGCUUAUUGUCAAUACAAGUGUAAAUCAGCUUAUGAUGAACUGCAUAUCAGUGUUAUAACAUUUUCCGAACACGAAAUUUGAAAAGAUUGACAAAAGUCUAUAAACCAGUUUUUACAUAGAUAGUGAUUAAAGAGCUUAGAUAUCAUGUUUAUUUAAGCUAUUAUACUUUUUAUAAAGAAUGUAAAUCAUUAAAAAUAAACUAACCUAAUAUUUAGGUUAAGUUUUGCAAAUAAUUUUAUAUUUGUGUACAAAAAUGAAUUGUCAAGUAAGAUUGCUUAUUUAUAAGAAAGCGUUUAUUUAUGAUGACCUCCUUGUCGAAUCAGGUUUUGUUUAUGAUUAUAAACGAGAUUACAUGAAAGAACAAAUCAAACUUCAAGAAUCAACUAUAGAUGAUAAUCUUGUACAACAAAAAAUCAAUUUUCAACCUAUUUCUUUACGUAAAAGAGGACUGAAUGCUUACUUAGUUUCAGUUUAUACAUAUACCAUGCAUUGGUCCAACGUUUAUAGAAAAUCUGCAGUUGAUUUACUUCUACGAUUUGUAAAAGCAAAUGCUACUGUAUUAAACACAACAAAUUUUGUGAUUCUUAUUAAACUACGGACUCCAAAAUAUCAAUAUCUUGAUUAUGGCUGGAAUGAAAGAAUAACACAAAUGGUUAUGGAGAGACACGAGAUAGAUCAUGCUAUGUCAUGGUUAUCAACGCUCGGAGGAGCUUUCUCAGCACUAGGAGAUCAAUUUAAUCACUGCGCUCAAGUAGCAGGGAAAAUAUCAGUACAGCAGUUUAGGCUGUCAGUACGACUAGGUGAUCCGCAAUUGGUGGCUCGAUGCAAGCUUUAUGCAGCUCUAAGUUUAUUGCAACAAGGAUAUUUGAAAGUAACGAAACAUAUGGUGAGAGACAUCUAUAAAUUUGCUAUUACUGAUAAGGAUACAAGGUUACAAAAGAUGUGUCAAGGUGUCUGGGCAAAAUUGACGUAUUGUUAUAGUCAAAGAAGAGUAUCAAAGAGGCAGUCAUCAAGAUACAUAUCAACAAAAUGAAAAGCAAAUCACAAUGAAAGUAGGAUGGGAUUUUGUAAAUAAAUUAUAUUUUUUCAAAGUA